GCCAACGACGCUCGGUUCAAAGCUGCAACAACCUCCUCGGCCAUAUCGCCGCUGCUCGUAUAUCCCUUUCCUGCCCGUCUCUUCGUCCCGACCUCACCGCUGCUCGGACUCAAGCGGCGGCGCGCCCUCAGCCCUCGUCCACUCCGGGCCGGCCACGCGGCCACGCCCCUCCUCCAUUCGGGGUCCUGCUCCAUCCACGCUAACGAGACGACCGACUACCGCAUGGGGUGGAAGUGGAAAGCAGCAUGGUAGCUCUGCCCCUUGUCGUCCCGCUCACCGGCCGAGCCGAAGAGCACCCACCACGCCUCAAGUUGAUAUCUCCAGUGCGCAAGGCAUGACCAUGAUACUGCUGGCGCGCAGCCUACGCUCCAGCCUCCGCCCGCCGCUUGCCGCCGGGUUCUCCUCGGCCCCGACUGCGGCAUCGUCGUCGGCGGCCGCGGCGGAGGCGGAGCGGUCGAUACGGGACGGGCCGCGGAACGACUGGAGCCGACCCGAGAUCCAGGCCGUCUACGACUCCCCGCUCCUCGACCUCCUCUUCCACGGGGCUCAGGUCCACAGAAAUGUUCACAAAUUCAGAGAAGUGCAGCAGUGCACGCUUCUUUCAAUAAAGACUGGUGGGUGCAGCGAAGAUUGUUCUUACUGUCCUCAGUCAUCAAGAUACAAUACUGGAUUGAAGGCCCAAAAAUUGAUGAACAAAGAUGAUGUCUUAGAAGCAGCAAAAAAGGCAAAAGAGGCUGGGAGCACCCGCUUUUGCAUGGGAGCUGCAUGGAGAGAAACUAUUGGCAGGAAAACAAAUUUCAACCAGAUUCUUGGAUAUGUCAAGGAAAUAAGGGGUAUGGGCAUGGAAGUCUGUUGCACACUAGGCAUGAUAGAGAAACAGCAAGCUGAAGAGCUCAAGAAGGCUGGACUUACAGCAUAUAAUCAUAACCUAGACACAUCAAGAGAGUACUAUCCCAACAUUAUUACCACAAGAUCGUAUGAUGAUAGGCUGCAGACUCUUCAGCAUGUCCGCGAAGCUGGAAUAAGCAUCUGCUCAGGUGGAAUAAUUGGUCUUGGCGAAGCAGAGGAGGACCGUGUAGGGUUGUUGCACACACUGGCCACCUUGCCUACACACCCAGAGAGCGUUCCUAUUAAUGCAUUGGUUGCUGUAAAAGGCACGCCUCUUGAGGAUCAGAAGCCUGUAGAGAUCUGGGAAAUGAUCCGCAUGGUCGCCACUGCUCGGAUCGUGAUGCCAAAGGCAAUGGUGAGGCUCUCAGCAGGCCGCGUAAGGUUCUCCAUGCCAGAGCAAGCGCUCUGCUUCCUUGCUGGGGCCAACUCCAUCUUCGCCGGCGAGAAGCUCCUCACAACCGCAAACAACGACUUUGAUGCGGACAAGGCGAUGUUCAAAAUCCUCGGCCUGAUUCCCAAGGCUCCAAGCUUCAGCGACGAAGAGGCGGCGGCUCCUGAUUCCGACACUGAGAGGCCCGAGCAAGCCGCUUCUAUGUAAAACAUCAUUACAGAUUUUAUGUAUCUCAGUUAGUGCAAAACUAGCACUGCUGUUGUAGCUAGAGCAUUAUAUUGUAGAAACCACUACAUUGUCUAGACGCUUGAGAGUUGAGACUGAUCAGAAUUCAAAAAUAAAAUAGGGGAUGCCAAUAUGUGAUGUAUUUCAGUUAGUAGCUUCAAUAA